CUGCUAGAUGUUGUCCUCUACUUGGCAAAUCACAAUUUGCGAUUGCUUGUGCUGGGGCGUAAACACAUGCUGAAAGGAUCUCGCUUUUGGGACCGAAAAAAUAUGGCUGCUAUGCAGAAGAAAGCAGACUUCUUCUUUACUGAAAAUGUGUCUGAAGAUGAUCCCUUCCUGCUGUAUGCCACUCUUCACUCAGGCAGCCACUGUAAGUUUGUUACCAGAGAUCUGUUACGCGAUCACAAGGCUUGCCUUCCUGACAGUCUCACUCGACGCCUGUUCUUUAAAUGGCAGCGUGGACAUCAGAUGGUGGUUUCUGAUUAUGUACCAGGAAGGAGGAUAAAGUUUGAGCCUAUACUGAAUUAUGAUACCAUUGUGCAGACUACAGGUAGCACAUGGCAUAUUCCGUAUGAUGACUGUCUUUUGGAAAGAUCUUCUUAUGAAGUGCCAACAAAAUGGCUUUGUCUUCAACUGAAAUAA